AUGGGGAGGUCACCGUGUUGCGAUAAGGUCGGGGUGAAGAAGGGGCCGUGGACGCCGGAGGAGGACCAGAAGCUCUUGGCGUAUAUCCAAGAGCACGGCCAUGGAAGCUGGCGAGCCCUCCCUCCGAAAGCCGGGUUGCAGAGAUGUGGGAAAAGCUGCAGAUUAAGAUGGACUAAUUACCUGAGGCCUGACAUCAAGAGGGGCAAAUUCAGCUUGCAAGAAGAACAGACCAUCAUUCAGCUCCACGCACUUCUUGGAAACAGAUGGUCCGCCAUAGCUAGCCAUUUGCCGAAAAGAACCGACAAUGAGAUCAAGAACUAUUGGAACACGCACCUUAAAAAGAGAUUAAGUAAAAUGGGAAUCGACCCGAUUACCCACAAGCCUAAGAACCACCCGUUGAUCGGGUCGGGUCAACCCAAAGACGUCGCGAACCUUAGCCACAUGGCGCAAUGGGAGAGUGCCCGGCUCGAGGCCGAGGCAAGAAUUGUCCGAGAAUCGAAACUAAUGUCCUCAAACAACACUAAUUUGUUGAUCAACAAACCCGCCACCACCACAACCACCACCGCUCCGCCGCCGCCGCCGCCGCCGCCACGGCCGCCGUGUCUCGACAUUCUAAAAGUUUGGCAAGGGGCAUUUCUUACAAAGCCUAGGAAAGACACCACUCUCUCCAUCAUAGGCGGCCAUGGAUUCUCCACCACCACCGCCGCCGCCGGAACCCUCGAGUCGCCGACGUCGAUACUCAACUUCAUCGACGGAGGCGGCGGUGGCGGCGCCGGGCUGGUGAUCCACCAAAACUGCACCUACAUCAGCAACCUUAACAGAGAUCACAUAAACCAGGACUACGAGGGCAAGGGCAUAACGGACAAUUCACUACAGCUGCAUGAGGGCAACAUCGGAAACCCCAUGAUUAUUCCUUCCUCUUACAAUGUUGCAGAUGAUGACGAUGAUUCCUUAAGGCUUCCGACUUUUUUGGAGGGCUUCGAAGAUCUGCCGGCUGAGACUACUUCAAUUGGCUGCGCCACGUCAUGCACCGGAAUCGACGGCGGCGGUGGUGGCGCCGCCACCGGAGAUAGCAAGAACAGUUACUGGAGCAGCAUUCUGAGCUCUCCCAUGGAUGCUUUAGGGGUGAUCUGAU